GUGCCACAGAUGAUGGCACUUUACAGACAAUUAUUGAAAGUAAUAAUUGAGCAAAUGACAGUGAGGUCCUCGCCAUCCUGUUGAAGGUUUCCCCACAGCAGUGAAUGCAAAGAGAUGCUUGACUCAACGAUUUGAAGGGUUUUAUUUUCGCCCACUCUGUAACGUGUAACUGAAGUUAUACAAGCACAAUGUUUAAUUUCCCCCCAAAAAGUGAAUAUCAGCUUCAUAGAGCCAUAACGUUGCGGCACAAGGCCGAGUCACUGCCAACAACAACAGGUACCUGAUAGGGCUGAGAGACAAGUUGACCAGAUGGCUGCUUGAUUUGGUUAAAGCAGGCUAAUGAUGGCAAUAAUGGUGGUGAAUGUGUUUUUGGUGUCUAGUGAUGCUUUGUUUUCCAAACAAGGGCUGCAAAAUGGCUAGCAAGGUUUUCUAUCCAACCCCAUUUACUUGAUGGGUCAUCUCAGCUGUCAACAAGUUUACUGUAAAUCAAAAUGCUAUGCCUCGAUUGCUGCUUUCUUGCAGUGACAUUAAUGUGUUGCCUUGGUGCUAUAACAUCAAGGAGAGGUAGCUCCCGUCCUAGUCAAAUUGCACCUGUUGAAUACCAAUUUUUCAAUCUGAAGUGCUCCAUCAAUCACUUAAAAUCAAUAGCCAGAGGCCACUGUGUUGUGUUUAGUGUUCAUUUGUCAGUAAUGACCAAACUAAUCCACUAAACUGUCUGUCCGGAGAGCACUGAUCUUGACCUGCUUUCUGGUUGGCAGUAGUCCUUGCAGUCUUGUUAUUCAAGGUACCUGUAGUUUCUGCAGGGAGGCAUUGAAAGGUGUGUACAAUAAUAGUGUGACUCAAACUGCCAGGUACAGAAACAAGCUGUUAAGACUUUGUUGUUGUCAUUUAUAUUUCUGUUUGCAUUUGAUAUAUUUAAUAAUUCAGAGUGCACACAUUCCUGUAACAAACCUGCAUUUCCAGUACACUAUCUAUUAAAAAUGGAAACAAAUGUGCAGCAUUAGGGUCAGUUCGUCAGGGUGACUUUAAGCAUAGGGGAAAGCUCUUUAAAGAACUGCAUAGUUAAACUUUACCACCAGAGAGCACGAUAACCUGGAGAUUAUUUUGCUCUAAGUCAGAGAGUGGGUGUUGCAGGCCUCCAGUUUCCUUAUCAGCACUCUGAAUGCACCACACAUUUUGACAUAACCAUAAGAGGCUGGCCUUUUUGUGUGCUUUGCUUACUUUAUACACCUUUUGUCAAAACAACAACACCACCAUUUGCAUUUCAGACCAAUAAGUGUUUUUAACACCACAUAGAGAAAGUAGAUAUGCAGUUGGCCGUUUGAACUGAAGCGGAGGACUUGAACAGGAAGCUUAAUUGUAUGUGGUUAGCCAAGCAUUGCAAUGCACUUGACUACAUACAGGAAGUUCGUAUCACUCAUUGGUCUUCAGUCUGAAAACGGUUAUUUUUUGCCUGUCAGCCUUUUCCCUCACGCAGCAAGAAAUUUGUCUCAAAAUGGCCCAGGGAAAGGACCAAUCCUUCGCCAGUCGCCUUUUCCAUAGAUGUCGUAAGAGUAGCCAAGAGCAGAGGGGACAAGAGAGUGAGGUGCCUCAUAUAUCUGAGUUCACCAUCAUGUGGGAUAAGUUCAUGAAAGAGUUCUUAGCUAAAGCCAAAGAAGAUUUUUUAAGAAAAUGGGAGUGUCCACCACAGAGCACAACUGGCCUGGAUGACUUUGACAGGUUCAAGACGCUGGGCACUGGUUCAUUCGGGCGAGUUAUGCUUGUCAAACAUAAAGAAACAAAUCAGUUCUACGCCAUGAAGAUCUUGGAUAAACAAAAAGUAGUAAAGUUGAAGCAGAUAGAACACACACUAAAUGAGAAGAAGAUACUACAGGCCGUCUCUUUCCCCUUCCUUGUCAGAUUGGAGUAUGCUUUCAAGGACAACUCAAACCUCUACAUGGUGAUGGAAUAUGUGCCCGGUGGAGAGAUGUUCUCACACCUCAGACGUAUUGGAAGGUUCAGUGAACACCAUGCAAGAUUUUAUGCAGCUCAGAUAGUACUCACCUUUGAGUACCUUCACUCCUUAGACCUCAUCUACAGAGACCUGAAGCCUGAAAACCUGCUCAUAGAUCAACAUGGUUAUAUCCAGGUCACAGACUUUGGCUUUGCCAAAAGAGUAAAAGGCAGGACCUGGACAUUGUGUGGAACUCCUGAGUACCUGGCUCCAGAGAUCAUCCUCAGCAAGGGCUACAACAAAGCUGUGGACUGGUGGGCUCUUGGAGUUCUCAUCUAUGAAAUGGCUGCUGGUUACCCUCCCUUUUUCGCUGAUCAGCCGAUCCAGAUCUACGAAAAGAUUGUGUCUGGCAAGGUACGAUUUCCUUCUCACUUUAGCUCCGACCUGAAGGAUCUGCUGAGAAACCUGCUCCAGGUAGACCUGACCAAGAGAUUUGGCAACCUGAAGAAUGGUGUGAAUGACAUAAAAAAUCACAAGUGGUUCUCCCAAACAGACUGGAUUGCCAUCUAUGAGAGAAAGGUUGAAGCUCCCUUCUUGCCGAAGUGCAGAGGUCCGGGAGACACGAGCAACUUUGACGAUUACGAAGAGGAAGACAUUCGUGUCUCGCAAACAGAAAAGUGUGCAAAAGAGUUUGCUGAGUUCUAGUAAAUGGGCAAGAGCCCCGUCAGGCUCACACGUUUCGGGAUAUUUGCACUCUCCUGAGGGUUAAGGUGGAACUGAGGCCAUCGCGUGUUCAAAACAAAUGCCUCGUUCCUUCAUUCCACACAGCUGAAUGAGGUCCUUCUUGCCAUGAUCCUGCGUGCAGUAAGCACUAUCCUAUACACGGGCACAUUAUGCAGACAUCCCUUGUGCUGCAACACAAAAAAUACUAGACCACGUUCUCAUCUUUUGUCUUUCUUUCCUCUGUUUUUAGUUUUUCCGUACGCCGCUCCCUUCUCCUUAUUUCGAUUUAAAUAAUGAUUUGGAAAGCAACAUGAAGACUAAUCUUAUGCCCAUUUUUUUAAAUGGCACCAAAAGUGAAUGAUUGUAUUAGCUGGUAUUGCACAUAUUGUGAUUUAAGCUUUGGGAAAAUGGAAGGGAUUGUUUUGGUUUGCAUCUCUGAUAAUGAGUCUUGCCAGUUAUAUUUCGUCUGUUCCAUGACUGGGUGUGUUUUAAGGUUCAGUUUAUUAUUCCUCAAUCAUGAACACUUUAACAUCAACCAUUAUUCAUCAUUCUGGUGUCCUUAUGACCUAGAAGUGUGUGUGUGUGUUUGUGCAUAUAGAUAUAUAUACACGUAUUUGAGACAUACAAUCUUCAAACACUUUGUGUUGUUAUAGCAUGACCAAAUUCCAAACGAAGAAACUGGUGCUUAGUGAAAGCAGAGCAACACUGAUGGCUUCUUGAAGUUUCUGAGUUUUAGCACCCAGACAUUCAGUUCUUGAAGAGAUGAAUUAACAGUGACAAGUGUUAUUAUAGAGCAGAAACUUGUCAGUGCUGUAUUAGCUCAAUUGUAGCAUUGUUUUAUCCAUAUCUAGUCGCAUCUCAGACUGGGUGUGGAAUUAAAUGAAAGGAAUGAGAAUAUAUAUUUUUCAGGGACAACUCUUGUUUCACAAGGAAGGAAAACUAAAGGUGUUCACUCCGCACAACGGGGUCCUCUGUUUUUGGUACGUCCAAUGUAUGAAUUGUAUUGACAUGGCAUAAUUGCUGAAAGAUCACUUUGUUAGGUUUUCUUGAGAGUAUGUUGCUGUGGAUGCGAAGCAGUGUUGGUCACACGGACAUAUUGUGUCCGUUCUGGGUUUCUUUCCGAUUUGUGUUUGUAAAUUACACCGUGCUCUGAGAAGACAUGUGCAACUGCCAUAUUUGUUUUAUUUUUAAUUUUACGUUUGCAUGUUUGUUACAUUUGUAUAGCAGUGUCACAACAAGCUAAUAGUGCCCUGAAGAUUUCCCCAUAUUUUUAGUUGUUGUGUUUUGUUACCUUUUUUUAAUAGUUUCAUAGCCUGGGAUGUUGAUGCAUUAGAUCUUAGAUUUUAUCUGAGUGACAUAUUCCUCUAAAUAAUCCCAUGGAAGCAAAACUAAACCAUUAACCAUGAAAUAAUAACUGAAAUAUCAUAACCUUAAAGUAUUCAUCUUGGUCACCACUUGGUUGAAACAUACUUACCUCAACUAUAGUUUGUAGUCUCUUUGCAUCAUUUUUAACCAAUUUGUACACUGUGAUGAAGCAAUAUUUGCUCUCUCUUCCUCGCAAAAUGGCUCAGGCUAAGUCAGGUCAGUAAGAAGACGUUAACAGGCAAAUGUUGUUGUCUUGUUACAGAUUUUCAAUGGGAAUAAGGUCAAAAUAGUGUGACUUUUGAAGAAUAUUUUCAUUGGAAAUUCCUUCUGUUAAGUUAUUGUCUACACAUAUUUAAUUCAAGUGAAAUAUAGGUUUUAUGAGGGAUUUUUCUAUACAGAGCACCACCUAUUCCCCUGAAUUCGGACACAUUGCCUGUUCUUGCUGCUGAAAUGGAGUGACUAAUUGAUAUGUGUAUUUGACAGGCGAUUAGAGAAUUUGUAUGUCAAAAGGUUUAAUACCUACAAGGCCAAGGUGUCCGCUUGUUGAACUUCCAAAAGUCAGAAAAGACCUGAUUGCUCUUGCUUCUGUGAUCGGUUGAUAUUCUCGAGUGAAGUUUGUCCCUGCCGUCCACAGGGAGGUGAGAGUUUGAGGUCAUUUCUGCAGGUCGGACACUCAGGGUUGUGGGGAAAUCAAAGUGUUGCAUUUCACAUAGUGUUGGAAACAAUAAUGCAUUGUUGACAGUCUUUAAAUUUAAUAAGUCUUCUGAAGUUUAGAUCAUUAUUUGACAUGGUGCUCAAGUGUCUGGAUGAGAAAAAUGCAAUUUAAUCAAGUUCAACAAUCUUAGACAACCAAAUGUGAAAAAGGUUUGGUGGCUGAAUGCUUUUUGUUUUUUUUUCUUCUUUUUAAGAUACUAAUGUGUUGUAUAUUUUUAUUGGCUAUGGCUGAAUUAAAACUGAAAUUGAACACAUGAUGACA